GGAAAUUCCACUUAGUGUAGCUUCCUUCGGUAUACAAAUACAACGUACUUACAUUUUGUGUCAAUUAAUAAGUACGUAUUAAAGAUAAAUGAACAGUUCAAAAGUUCAAGUAAUGUAAGUGAAAUAAUGUACACAUUUGCGUUUUUGAGUUUUUGGGCGUUUUUCUUAACGGUGAAUUCGCAGCUAUGCGUGGAAUCGUCUUUUUCGGUAAUACCUGUACGAUUGUAUUACAAUAGGAGUGAGAAUAUUGUCGAUAAAAGGGUGAGCAGGUGUUUAAGCCCAAGCACGGUUCCUAAUUACGAUGAGGCUGGAUUCCUGGGGAUCAGAGUGGCCGAUCAGUACAUUCCGAAUCUGAACAAGGGUGUAGUGUCGGGGUUUCGUGGGACCUUCAGCGUUGACUUUGAAGAUAACCACAUCGAAACUGUAAAACGAGAGGCAUUUUUCGAUCUACCCGGAGUGCGAUCGAUUUCACUGAUAUCCAGCAGAAUCAGGUGGUUCGAGACGAGGGCGUUCUCCGACCUCCCCUCACUGGUUUACAUCAAUUUGGAAAAGAACGACAUAUCCUCACUUCCGCCUGGCGUUUUUGAUAAUCUCCCAAAUUUGGAACGACUAGUCUUGAGUGAGAAUCAGUUAACGGCUUUUAAACCGGAAUCGCUGAGGCGAGUGCCAAACUUGCAAGUGAUUGAUUUGAAUUUCAACAGCAUCACUGAGCUUCGUACCGAUUCGUUUUCGUCAGUGCCCUCGUUGAGAAAUUUAAAUUUAUUAGCCAACCAAAUCAGUGAGAUACAUCCCAAUGCGUUUAGGGGUCUAAAAAGUUUACUUUUACUCAACUUGGCCGAUAACAACAUAAAGGACCUGAACAUUAACUUUGACCUCAUCUCGAAUUUGGCGGUUUUAGAAUUGGAAGCCAAUCUGAUUAAUUACGUGCCCGAAAAGCUUACGAGAGAUCUACCGUCGUUGAAAACGUUCAGUAUUUACUCCAACCCGCUGCAGUGUUCUUGCUUGAAUCAAUUGGCAAAAUUGAGUUUUGACAACAAGUUUGCGUUACAUACUCAUUGUAAUGAUAACCUUCCGAUUUGCGUCGACCCGAUAACUUAUCCAUCGAAGUGCAUUCCACGAAGCGCAAAAGAUUUUCCGAGCAACAUGCCCAAUUUUAAAAGUUUUUUCAAAAAGUGUACCAUUUAGUCUAUUCUCUUGUUUGUAUUAAAUGUAAAUAAAUUGUCAAUUGACAGUG